AUGGCUGCCACAACACGGUUGGAGAUCGCCAUUGACGAGGACGUCGCGUCAUUUACCGACACAUCAAGCACUGGAACAUCACUGGCCGACAGCGUGCUGCAAUACGAAUACAAGCACGGCCGGCGCUACCACGCUUAUCAGGCUGGCAGUUAUGCGUUUCCUAAUGACGAGCCCGAGCAGGACCGGUUGGAUAUGGUGCACCACGUGUACUACCGCGCCCUGAACAACAGGCUCUUCCUGGCUCCGUUCGACCCGGCGGGGAAGAAAGUUCUGGAUAUCGGCACAGGGACGGGCAUCUGGGCAAUCCAGUUCGGGGACUGGUAUCCUGAGGCUGCUGAGAUCGUGGGGAAUGAUCUCAGUCCAAUCCAGUCUGCCUGGGUGCCGCCCAAUGUACGGUUUAUUAUUGACGAUGUUGAGAAGCCAUGGGUCCCCGGAGAGGAGUAUGACUUCAUUCACUGUCGGUAUAUGGCCGGGAGUAUUAAAGACUGGCCAACGUUAAUACAGCAGUGUUUCGAUAACCUGAAGCCAGGCGGGUGGCUGGAGCUACAAGAGACAGCAAACAGACUCUACAGCGAGGAUGGGAGCCUGAAAGACGACAGCGCCACGAACAGGAUGAUCGACGGCCUGAUCGAAGCCUGCGACAAGAUCGGGCGCACCAUGGACCCCGCGCCGCAGAUGGAGCGGUGGGUGCGCGAGGCCGGCUUCGACAAGGGUCAGAUCCUGACGGAGAAACUCAAGCUGCCUGUGGGCAUCUGGCCCAAGGACGCAAGGCUCAAGGAGUGCGGGGCGCUGCUACGCGUGAACUUUAUCGAGGGCGUCUCUGGGUUUACGUCUGUGCUGUUUGGCGAUGUGCUGGGGUGGACGCGCGACGAGAUCGAGGCGCUGAACGCCGGUGUGCGCGCGGAGUCGCUGCGCAAUGAUAUCCAUCCGAUCUUUGAUUUCCAUAUUAUCAGCGCUCAGAAACCGCUCUAG